AUGAGACAAAGACCAGUAACCGCUGAAAUUAAUUUAAGAGGCCUUCUCAGCCCAACCAUGCUAGAUACUCUACCAAAAUCUUCACACACUACUGGAGACCUUGAAAUUAAGCAUAGCUGCUCCCACAAGCAAAUUUCCUCCAAAAUUCCAAUACUUCCAACAGGAGAAGGAGCUUUAUUCAUAUCAAAGCAAAAGCAAGAGCUCAGGCUGAAACAAAAAGAAAUUAGCAACAAACUAUUCAAAAAGACACAUUCAAGCUUCAAUAAAGAUAUACCGCCAGAAAUCAAGUCGCAAUUAAAAUUUACACCAACUCAAAGAAUUGCAAGAAUUUUUAACCUUAAAAAAGCACUUUAUAGUAGAGACUUCAAAUCACAGCCUGUCUCUCUGCCGAAUUCUCCAAAAAACUCACCAAUUAAUCAAAAAGAGUUCUCACUGUCACAGUCUAAGCAAGAUUUAUUUUGUAGGCUGAACAAUAUUAUAAGUGAUUGUCUGGUUGAAAGAGAAAAGGUUGAAAACCUAGAUUUUAAGACUAAACUUAGACUGAGUGGGUUUAGUAACAAAACAGAAAAGCUAAAGAAAGAGAUGGAAAUGAUUUUAAGUCCGAAAACUCACUAUAAAAGCAGUAAUAAAAUUAUGUAA